AUGACGGCUCAUGACACCUUGAGCGAAAUUUUAGCAGACGCUUCGGAUACAGAGGAGAGCCAAGCCGCUGGACAUCUUCACGCUUUGCAGGGUCUGCUCAAGCAGUUUGAUGAUGGCGAUGGUGAGAUUGGCGACACCUCCCAAGCGGCGAGCUCAAACCAGCUGGAACCGAAGAUCCCCGAGAGCCGAUCGGAUUUCGGCGAAGAGGCUGUCGAGAACCUGAGCGAUGAGGGGGGCCGCCCAACUCACCCCGUUGAGGCCGAGAGCGAUCAAGGCAAUACCCCUCAGAGGCUACGUGAAGCUCAGUUUCAACUAGCCCAGAUGGAAAGAGCCCUGCAGCUGGUACAGGCGAGAGCCUCUCAGCAAUGCAUCGAUCUGAAAGACUUUCAGCUCCACAGCCUCGGCCCAGUCAUCCCACAAGCCAUGCCAAGAUCCUUGACGACCCUGUGCUUGUCUGGCAAUGCUUUCGGAAACAUGGAAGAUUUGUCCAGGCAGCUAUCCGGUUUGCGGAACCUGCGCAGUCUCGAUCUGUCGUCAUGCCGUUUGGAGGCUCUGACAUGCCUGCCGAAGCUGGCUCUUGAGAAGCUGGACGUGUCAAACAAUUUCCUAUCCUCUUCCGCAGGCGUCGCGAGAUGUGCUCGUUUACAUCACCUAACCUUUGCAAAAAACCGGUUGACGAAGACUGACCAGAUCGAAAUGCUGCUGAAUCUCAGUGUGCUGGACUUGUCAGAGAACCGGUUGAGCUCCAGGCAACUGCUGCGCCCACUCGCAGCUUGCUCCCUCCUCGAAUCUCUUCAGAUCCACGGCAAUCCGCUGUCUCAGUCAAAGCACAGGGCAUGGGUGGCCAGCAUGUUUCCAGCGCUGAUUUGGUUGGACGAGGAUGUGUUGCGGCCUCAGCGUCUACGAAGGAAGGGACAGCCUGGAGCACAUCCACAUGACCGUCCGUCUUUGUCAGUUCGGAUGGAGCAGGCUGAUGCUAAAGCAAGCCAGCCAAAAGACCCUUCUGUCGAGUACAUGGAGUACAACUGUCGAUAUGCGCGGCCCACCAUCAGCAGCAAGAUGGCGCAGGCCUCCAACUCGGAGGCUCCGCAGCCUGAUCCCAAACAGCCCAAGCGGAACGUCAAAAAGACGACCUCCGCCUCGUCCUUCGCAGGCUUCGUGCCUGCGGCCAGACCUCGCCGAAGCAAUUCGCAGCCAGUCCCAUUCCGGGCCAACCAGCCGAGCCCAGAAUACUUCCCGAAGAAGACACAGCAACGCGACACUCAUGAAGCCAAGACGGCUGUUUCGAAGUGUCUGCGCCUGGGAAAGGACACAGAGUCUGCAGCUGUGUCCGCUUCGCUGGGUAUGCAGACGCGACACUCUACCUUGUGCCGCGAGCUUAUCGAGGAGAAGCGAAGGCUAUUGCAGCGAGUGAGCGCAAAACUCGGGGAGGGUGUGGCUACUGCAAUGUCAGCUAGACUCAUAUCCGCAGCAAAUGCUGAGUCAGCCGGGGUCCUUGCCCCGCAGCAUGAAGACCAUGCAGACAUCAGGUCUCUUUGCGACAGCUUGCGCCAUGACAUUCAUCGAAAGAGGACGCUCCUACAGCAGACCCGGCUGAUUUGA